AACCGGUUGAACUAAUCCUUUGAAAAGAUUCGACUCAACAGAAAGAUUCGUUCGCGAGUCGGACGUCGUUACAGAGCAAGAGGGGCUUCACAGGGCGAAAUACAGUCGGCAUAUAAUGGAAAGUGAACAGGUUGGUGUGUUCGCCCAAUAAGUUGAGCUUCGUCCGAUUGAAUUCGACUUUAUUUAAUGGAGUUUCAAGUCCAGCGUGUGUGAUUGACGCGUCCGUACAGAUGCUGGCCCCUCCGGUCGCGCCAAGGGGAAGGAGAGGUUUUGACAUCGUUAGAUCUGUUGUUAUUAUAAUCAGCUGACCGGUGCUGGAAUCGCUCCGUUUGCUGUUUUCUAGAAAGCGGCGAUGAGCGCUUGUCAGGACAAAACGUCGUUGAGUUGUUCGCAAAGCAGGGAAAAUGUCGAUGAAUGGGGAAGGAUGGAGGACGCGUGCGCGUGCUUCGUCGAACCCACGGGCGAUGCGAUACGCGCCGGGAUGGACGCGGUGCAGCCGGGCAUAGACGGACAUCUGCCGCUGCCCCGAGGCCAACGAGGACUGAUGCUAGGCCUGGUGGAAGAGGGUUUCGCCGCCGCCUAUCAUGGCCGUCUCGGUUCUGAUCCGGACUCAGCUUAUCUCGACAUCCCCGGAGACCCGAACUACAGCGAAAGUGAGGGGAACGUCGGCACGAAAAAGCGCAGCCGCUCCAACAGCUCGCGGCACCGCGGGGAAGUAGUCACGGAGCUCGGACCCGAAGAGGUGCGCUGGUUCUACAAAGAGGACAAGAGGACCUGGAAACCGUUUGUUGGACACGAUUCUUUGGAAAUCGAGUUGGCGUAUCGCAAAUUCUGCGAACUUAAUCCGAACGAGGUCAGACGGAGGGACGCGGGUGAAGAAGCAGAGGAUUUAUUCGAGUCACCGUCAGGAUGCGAAGCCCCGGAGGUCCGGAGACCGUCGGCGGCGGCGGCGGCAGCAGCGCAUCCGGUACCCGAGAGCGCGGAGGCUGGAUGCUCAGCAGACGAGACGGACCUGGAUUCAGAAACCAUCAACGUGGACGCAGUGUGCGUCCGUGGAGGACUCUACGAGGUGGACAUCAAAAAGAAAGACUGUUAUCCUGUAUACUGGAACCAACAGGACCACAUCCCGGUCAUGAGAGGCCAGUGGUUCACGGACGGGACCUGGCUGCCACUGGAGGAAGAGGACAGUGACCUCAUUGAACUGGAGCAUCUGGCCCGUUUCCGAGGCCAGCAGAUGAAAGACACCUUUGACAUGGAAGCGGUGGCAACCACGGUGGACAGCAAAGAUGCCAUUCACAGUCUGAAACUGAGCCGGAGCCACGUGGACUGGCACAGCGUGGAUGAAGUGUACCUUUACAGCGAUGCUACCACUUCAAAGAUCGCACGGACUGUUACUCAGAAACUGGGAUUCUCCAAAGCGUCCAGCAGCGGGACCCGUCUCCAUCGAGGUUACGUGGAGGAGGCUGCUCUAGAGGACACGCCUCCUGAAACAACGCACAUAGUCUUUGUGGUGCAUGGGAUUGGCCAGAAGAUGGAUCAGGGGCGUAUCAUUAGAAAUACAAGCAUGAUGCGUGACGCUGCCCGCAAGAUGGAGGAGAAGCACUUUUCCGACCGAACAAAUGAACACGUUGAGUUCCUUCCUGUGGAAUGGCGAUCUAAACUCGCCCUUGAUGGAGACACCGUGGACUCCAUUACUCCAGACAAAGUGCGAGGUCUGAGAGACAUGCUGAACAGCAGUGCAAUGGACAUUAUGUACUACACGAGCCCUUUGUACAGGGAUGAGAUCACCCGGGGUCUGACCAACGAGUUGAACCGACUCUACACGCUCUUUUGUGAGCGCAACCCAGAAUUUGCAGAGAAAGGAAAGGUGUCCAUCGUCUCCCACUCGCUGGGCUGUGUCAUCACCUUUGACAUCAUGACAGGGUGGGACCCUGUGCGCUUCGUUCACGAAGAGGUGCCAGAUGCCAUGGAGGCUGAUGUUAGCAGACAGGAGCGUCAGCUACUGGAAGAUCUUCGUAACACAUGCUUAAGAAUGAGGGAUUUGGAAGAUACACUUCGGCAUUUACAAACCUCACCCUCAAGACCCUUUCCAGCCCUGAAAUUCAAGGUGGAGAACUUCUUCUGCAUGGGAUCCCCUCUGGCUGUGUUUUUGGCUUUGCGAGGGGUCCGUCCUGGAACCAACGGAACGCAGGACCACUUCCUCCCCAAAUCCAUCUGCCAGAGGCUUUUCAACAUCUUUCAUCCCACAGAUCCUGUAGCAUACAGGUUGGAGCCUCUCAUCCUGAAGCAUUAUAGUAAUAUAUCACCUGUCCAAAUUCACUGGUACAACACCAGCAGCCCCACACCGUAUGACCAGAUCCGUCCCACUCUUCUGAAUCCGUCAAAGGAAAAUGCUUCUGUGUCCGAUACGGAGAGCCUCCCGAGCCCCUGCACCUCCCCUCCACAGCCCCGCAGACACUACGGCGAGUCUUUCACCAGCCUGGGCAAGGCCAGCAUUAUGGGAGCGGCAAGUAUAGGUAAAGGCAUUGGCGGUAUCCUGUUCUCCAGAUUUUCCCGCUCUAGUGGACAGGUGGGUGGUGUGGAGGAGGAGCCAUCAGACUCUGAAGGCGGGGCUUGUGAAAAAGGUGAAGAGUGUCGGCCUGUGGAGUUAGACGAUAAACUGGAGGAGAAGACAGAGGAGAAAAUUGAGGAGAAGACAGGAGACACCAGCAUGUCACAAUCAGCCUCUACCAUUCUGGAUAACUCGUCCUUGGAGCUUGAGAAACGCAUCGACUUUGAGCUGAGGGAGGGUCUGGUGGAGAGCCGCUACUGGUCAGCGGUGACGUCACACACAGCCUAUUGGUGCUCCCACGAUGUGGCUCUGUUUCUGCUAACAUUCAUGUACAGGCCAAAUCUAGCCAAUGACACGCCAGAGGACAACCCCGAAUCAUAACAUACACGCAUAUGAACUCUGACACAGCACCACCCUUGAUCGCUCCCUUAAUAUAGUUUAGCAGACCUUGUUCACUGUGCAUCAGAGAUCCUGUCCUUGCCUUGUUUCCCCUCCAUUUAGAAGCACAUCCAUGGAAGAGACUUACUCUCUCCACUUCAUCCUCCAAUUAGGACUGUUCUUAACCUCGAUGAGAUGGUGGUAAUGAUCCUGCUUGUUCUGACCAUUCACACCUUGAUGAUUCCCCAAGCAGUGGACUCUCCACAUUGACUGAUGUGUAUUGACAUUGUUGUGGUUGUAUGACUGACAAAGAUCUGCUGAAUUGAAGGUUCACGAUCAGAAGGGUUUUUUGAGAAGUACACAAGAUGUGUUUUCUUGCCUAAAAAUAAUCGUUUUGAAGAAUUUUAUAAAUGUAGCAUAAAUAUGAUAUGUUUAUAUCAUUUAGAUGAUAAAACAACCUGUAUCACUCCUAAAAGUGGCCAAAUAUUGAGUAGUUAAUUCGAAGAGAAUAACCAUUAGUAAACAUGGUUCAGCCAAAAAUAUCAAUUCUGUUAUUAUUUAUUCACCCUCAUGUUCCAAAUUCAUGUGAUUUUCUGACGCCAAAAGGAGAUAUUUUGAAGAAUUGUACUAGUUGUUGUUUUUUCCAUCAAUACCAGUGUUAUUUUAGUGUAACUGAUAUACUAUUAUA